UUCAUACAUUUUCGAAAUAGUAUAAUUCAGUACAAUACUAAAAUCGUAGAAUAAUCUAGUUCCAAUUAAUUUGUUUUAAGUAUUUCCGAGUUCAAUCGGAGUUUGUAAUCUUAUGAUUUGAAUGUUUAUUGUCAAAACCAAUAGACAUUAAAUUUACGUUUUUAAUUGUUUAACGGGACAUGAUAUGUAAGAUGCCGGUUGCAGAAGAAACGUUGUCGAUAUCUGAUGUAAUUAUUCAACUCCAAGACUAUAGUCCUACCAUACCCGAUUCUAUUACGUCAUCUAUAUGCUCAGAAGCUGGAUUUGAAACAAAUGACCCUCGAAUAGUUCGCUUGAUAUCAAUUGCUUCUCAGAAAUUUAUUGCUGAUAUAGCCAACGAUGCAUUGCAACAUUGUAAAGUGCGUUUGGCUACCUUGCCAACUAAAUCUGGAAAAGUUCCUAAAGACCGUAAAUUCACAUUAACUAUGGAAGAUUUAGCACCAGCACUCAACGAAUAUGGAAUUAUUGUUCGAAAGCCUCCAUAUUUUGUUUAAGUUUUCUAUUUACUUGUACUUAAUUAAAAAUAUUCAAUUCAUCACCAUUUUAAAUCUUUAAUUAAAAAUUGUUUUCAAAUCUC